AUCUUCGACAUCAGGAGUUGUAGACUCAGCCACUGUAGCCUCUGUCACGCGUGUAGAAGAAGGACCCCGGCGUAGACCUCAGAAGAUCGCUUGUCUAGCGCCUAUUGUCUACCAUCAUGAACGAAGUAUCAUGGUAAACCAGACUAAUUUCAUUGCUCCCUACUGUUAAGGCUUUCGGUAUUAAUUCAAGCAUCUUCAAUCACAGAUUCCAGAUCACUACUCGUCUCUUUCGAUCCAUCUGCGAGUAUCUCAUCGGAUGAAGUGAAUCGGCGUGAGCUCUAAUUUCGCGACGAUUUCAUCUUCUUCGCAGCCAACCGAUCCGCUCCAGAGUACUUCAAUGGUUACCGCGUUCACAAC